UAGAUUCGCAGAUGUGCACAGGAUCCCUGGAUCCGCCUCCAAGGUGAGAGCGGGAGCUCACAUCUGCUUCUUUUGAUCUUCAGGGAAAGAGGAUUCAAGGGGGUCCACAAAUGAUCCAGCUGAGCUUGGAUGGGAAGAGGCUGUACGUGACCACCUCGCUCUUCAGCGGCUGGGACAAGCAGUUCUAUCCCAACAUGGUCAAGGAAGGUUGCGUCAUGUUACAGAUCGAUGUGGACACUAAGAAAGGCGGCUUGAAAGCGAACCAGAAUUUCCUUGUGGAUUUUGGGAAGGAGCCGCACGGGCCAGCCCUCGCCCAUGAGAUCCGCUACCCGGGCGGAGACUCGACCUCUGAUAUCUGGCUCUAAAGGAAGGCCUCGGUGGGGUAGUCUGGGGUGUGCGUCAGCGAGGGUUUGUUGUUGGACUCUCUCUUUCUCACUGUCUCCUUUCCUAAUUCCAGGAGUUACCAGAAAAUGCAAUUGUGGUGUUAAUCAAGGUCACACUGAACCCAUUCCCGAUUUCUCCUGGCUUUGGAGUAUAGCCCUGCUCACCUAACACAGAGAAUCAACUCUACGUUUUGGAAAAUAAAAUGGCUAUGGCUACAAGUGGGGGUUCUAUAUUAAAAAGCUCCUGCUUCAAGCAAAAUAAUUUCCUGCUUAUAGAAACCUUGGGGGCUUAUAGAAACCUUCUCUGAUAACUCUGAUUUCUCCCUACUGACCACAAACCGCCUCCUCUAUGCAAUCUUGCA